CUCCGAAACAGCAGCAAAUACUCAAACAGUCACUCUUUGCUGAUUAAAACAGUGAAUGUCUUUUUUUUUUUCUUUCCUUCUACUUAGCAAACAUAAAUACAAAUGGAUCGUCUUAACAUCAAUAGUCAGAUUGAGCAUUUGCAAUCAAAAUAUGUAGGAACAGGACAUGCCGACACCGUUAAGCAUGAAUGGGCUACUAAUCAAUACAGAGAUUCUCUUGCUUCGUUUGCUGGUCAUAAUUCGUUACUUUCCUACAUGUCUGUUGCUGAAAAUGAAUGUAAAGCCCGUGUUAAACUUAAUUUACUAGAGAAAAUGCUUCAACCCUGUGGACCACCUCCCGAAAAGGAAGAAUUAUAAGCGCAAUACUUUUUUUUUUCUUCUUGUAAAUAAACCACGUUAGCAUUCGAAAUAUGAUCAAACGACGAUAAGGGUGUAUGAAAAAAGACAAAUGG